UCAGCAGCGUGUGUCAGGGCGGGGUGAAAGAGAGGGAGAGAGGGAGUGUGUGUUUCUGUAUGACAGAAAGGGAAGGGUAGAGAGAGGGAGAGUUCAGCAGUCACUCAGAUCUUCCUGAAGCAGCCAUUGAACGUGUGACGGAGAGAAAGAGAGAAACAGAAGAAAAAAGAGAGAGAAAGGAAGAAAGAGAGAGACAGAGGAGUAGUCGACAGACAGACCUGUUUAAUCUCCAGCCACCUCGUCUGACUCUGACCCCCGCUGGACUUUACCUCCCCUGACUCACUCACUCCCUCCCUCUUGCACUGGGACUACACUUCCUGAUCCCUCUCUCCAGUGCUCGGAGAGAGUGGAAUCUACCAGAGAGAAAGAGCGUGAGCGCGAGAGGGAGAGAGAGGGAGAGAGAGAGAGAGCAGUUAAGGAAGAUAUUUCCACACCUGAGUGGAGUCAGUAGUACCAUGCAGUGCUGAACUGAGCCGAACCGAGCGAAGUGGAUCUGAACUGAAGUCCUCAUUGCAUUUCGUAGCAUCGCGUCUCAGAUGGAGCUGAAGGUGUGGGUGGAUGGAGUUGUGCGCGUGGUCUGUGGCCUAUCAGAGGAGACUUCCUGCCAGGAUGUGGUCAUCGCACUGGCUCAGGCCAUUGGUCAGACGGGUCGCUACGUGCUGAUCCAGAGACUGAGAGAUUCAGAGAGGCAGCUGUUAGCCAAUGAAAGGCCCCUGGAGUCCCUGGCCAAGCUGGGCCAGCACAGCAACGACGUCCAGUUCUUCCUGCGCCGCACCGGCCCCAGCAGCAGCGAUGGACCAGGGUCUGGCUCUGGCUCCACCCAGGACCGUGUCGCCCCUCUUCCUCUGCCCAAACACCCCGAACCAGAGCCCCUCAAAUGCACCCAGCCCAAGAAGUCCCUCACCUUUAACCUGGGGCCCUCCACGUCCCCCAGAACCAAAGCCAAGCAGCUCAUCAGGAAGUCUCCCCGCGACUCCCCCAAAGAGAGGGCCUCACCAAGCCCCAUUCCUCCCCACCAUGCUCCUUCCCCCUCCCCACACACCCACUCCCCCUCUCCCUCUCCCUCCCCUCACUCUCCCUCUCCCUCCCCUCCUGUGGGCCCGUCCAAAGAGGAGGUCUUCCGGCAGAUUCUUCAGCAGCAGGAGAGGCUGAGGGCCAUUGAGGCCCAGCUGGAGGCCAUGGAGAGAGACUCUCGGUCCUGGAACAGGGCCUCCCCGGCCGCCUCUCCUUCCCCUGUCCCAGAGGCUUGCCUCCAGGAGGAAAUGGAGGCUCUGGAACAGGCAGCCAGGAGGAACCAGGCCGAGCUGGCCCACGAGACGUUCUGGCAGGAAGAGCUGCAGGCGGAGGUGGAGAGGGAGAGGGGGAUGAGGAGGAGGCUGGGGGAGCUCCAUGCCAAGAUGGACGACUGCGGCCGGCGACUCCACGACUUCUCGUCUCGCUCCGCCCAGCUGGAGCAGGAGAUCAAACGGGAGAGCCUGGGGGGCGGCGCCCAUGCUGGGAGGGCCAAUCAGGCGGGGGGUGAGGAGUCGCUAGGGGUGAUGAGGGCGGAGCUACAGAGCCAGGGGAGGCACAGCGAGGAGCUGGAGGGGGAGUUAUCGGAGACGGACAGGGCUAUGGGGAAGGCCGAGUCACUGCUACAGGAGAAGCAGGAGGAGUUGGAGGAGCUAAACAAAGAGUUGAGGCAGUGUAACCUGCAGCAGUUCAUCCAGCAGGCAGGAGUCCUGCCGACACACACACACUCACGCACAGACCUCAGCGACCAGCUGGACCAGCUUGAACUGGCUCAUCUGCUACAGGAAAGAUACAGGAACGGAGGCCUGGGCCUGCUCUCCUCAGAGUCGCCUCCCCGGCCCACAGCCAAGCAGUUCCUGGGACACCCCCGCAACCUGCAGAACCCGCUGGUGUCCAGCCUCAACCCAGAGGUCGUGACAUCCAGAGAGUCGUCAUGGAGAUAAAACAAGGAACGGCAGGGCCAAGGAGUUGUUCACUGUUCACUUAAUGUCACCACCACAUAUUCUAUUUAACCCGUCUGUCUUUAUACCUACUGUAUGUCUUUAUUAUUAUCAUCCAGAUUACCACAUAUACUAUAUACAUACUGUAUAUACUAGCUACAUAAAUAUAUUUACAGCAUUUUGCUACUGUACACUGCAAAGUACCUAUGUAUGAAAUGUAAAAUUAUUUAGGAAAACCUUUACCUAGAGAAUUAUUACAUUGUCUGUGUAUUUAAAUAUAAUAAAAGAUUGUGCACUGUGUGUUAGAUACA